UCCUAUAAAAUGAACCGUCAGCCCUUGAGAUCCCACGAUGGUGUUGAUUCUUUUUAGUUCGUGUGCGCGAGUCAAGACGACGGUAUCCAACCUUUUUGCUACCGAACCCGUGUUCAGAUCGAUCAGAUCUCUCCAACUGAUUACAUUCUUUUAACAAACACUAUCAACAUCAUGCUUACCAAAACCGCCAUCCUGGCUGCGGCCCUUAGCGCUACCGCUUCCGCGCAAUUGCGAUCUCCCGCUCUUCUUGCGCGCGCUACCCGCACCCUCGAGACUGCUUCCAAGCCCGAGUCCACGGAAUCCUCCUCUCCCGAGUGCUUGUCGCGCAUCCAGUCCUGGACCGCGGCCUUCCCGACGCCCGCCCCUGCGCUCGAGGACGCCCUCGAUGAUGCCGACAACUCCGAAUCCGGGGUCGGCGCUGAGGGUCUCGAGGGCCUCUGCGACUUCGCUGCCGAGAUACCCGCCAGCGUUACCGCCGCUUUCACCAGCUACAACUUGGAGAUGUACUCGUACCUGUCUGCCCAGAGCUCCAACCUACUGGUUCUAGCUACCAGCUGCUCCACCGAUAUGGGCGCCGAACCCUCCGUCAUCACGAGCCAGCUAGGCGAGCUUCUCAACAUGUACUCGAGCUUUUCGGCGGGUGCUUGCGGAACUAUUACUGCCACGGCAUCUGCUACCAGCGCGUCUGCGACUAAGUCCGCUAGCAAGUCUGGUCUUACGAGCGUUGUUUCUAACACCGGCUCUGUUACUGCUGCUGCUGAGACUUCGAGCACCGGAUCGUCGGCGUCGUCGUCGGCAUCCGGCUCCGCUGCUACUACUUCAGGAAGCAGCGCGAACGCAUCGACAUCGCCCACUGUGUCGCAGAACGCUGGACCCAGGGAGACUGGUAUGCUUGCCGCUGCUGCCAUCGCUAUGGGUGUUCUCGGCGCUGCUGUCGUGUUGUAGGCUGAUUAUAUAUAUAAAUUAAUAAAUUGUGAUACAAUUAAUAUAAUACAAGUUUAUGUUGUGUUA